AUAGAAAUAGAAGAAGAAUUUAUAACUUAUGCAUAAUUUGGUUUUUAUUGUUGAAAAUAUUUAUUAAUUUGAUAUUAAUAUAAAAUAAUGGAUAUGGUACAGAAAAAUGUCAAAGAAGAAAAUAAUAUUCAAAAUGAUUUUGUUUGGAAUAUGGAUGUUAAACGUGAAUUUACUGACGAAACGCAAGGGGAAGAUUUUCAAGAUCUAAACACCAGUAGAGUGCACCCCAUUAAACAAGAAAUAAAUAAUGACCUCAACAUAAUUCAAACGUUAGGAGAAUCGAUGGUUUCAACUAAAUCCGAGGACGGUUUUCUUGAGGCUAAGUUACCCAUAUUUCAAAACAAAAUCAAAUAUUCUGGAAAGCGAAUUGAAUCAAAAGGAUUGCUAAAAAAUGGAAAAUACUCGUUAAAUCAAAAUACUAUACCCGGAAUAAAGAUCUGUGGAUUUUGUGGGAAUUUAUACACAAAACAGAUAGAAAUGCUUAGGCACAUUUCUACAAAUCAUUUUAUGAAACAAAAGAAAUUACAACCUAAAAUGGAAUUUCACCAGAAAAAUGAAAGUUUUAAAAAAAGGCAAUUAGUUGAUUUGGUUAGUCACAGAAAAUUUGAUGAAAAUGUGAAGAAUGAAAUUGAAAUAGUUGAACAUAAUUUGGAAACAGAGCUGCAAGAUAUGAGAUUCAUUGGUAAUUUAGAAUUAGAUACAGAAAAAAGUAAAAAAUUGAAGAGAAGAAAGUUAAAUCGACUUUUUUUAGUUCCACCAGGAGAAAAACCAUUUAAGUGUGACAUUUGCUGGAAAUCUUAUUCUUUAAAAACUAAUUUGAAUACACACAUGCUCAGUCACGAUAGUAGUAAACCAUUCACAUGUAAAAUUUGCCUGAAAACCUUUCCACAUCAAACUAAUUUGAACAAGCAUUCUUGUAUUCAUACAGGAGAGAAGCCAUUCAAAUGUGACAUUUGCUUGAAAACCUUUUCACAGAAGAGCAAUUUAAACGUACAUUUACGUGGUCACACUGGAGAAACACCAUUUAAAUGUGACAUUUGCUUGAAAACUUUCUCGCAGAAGAGUAAUUUAAAUGUACAUUUACGUGGUCACACUGGAGAAAAACCAUAUAAAUGUGACAUUUGCCCUAAAACAUUUGCACAAAAGAGCAAUUUAAAUGUACAUUUACGUGGUCACACAGGAGAAACACCAUUCAAAUGUGAUAUUUGCUUGAAAACUUUCUCACAGAAGAGUAGUUUAAAUGUCCAUUUACGUGGUCACACAGGUAACAAACCAUUCAAAUGUGACAUUUGCUUGAAAACUUUCUUACGAAAGGAUACUUUAGAUAAGCAUUUGCCUAGCCACACUGGAAAAAAACCAUUCAAAUGUGAUAUUUGUUUAAAAACUUUCUCGCAGAAGAGUAGUUUAAAUGUCCAUUUACGUGGUCACACAGGGAAAAAACCAUACAAAUGUGACAUUUGCUUAAAAACUUUCUUACGAAAGUAUAUUUUGGAUAGGCAUUUGCCCAGCCACACUGGAAAUAAACCUUUCAAAUGUGACAUUUGUUUGAAAACUUUCUCACAGAAGUGUAGUUUAAAUGUACAUUUACGCAUUCACACAGGAAAAAAACCAUACAAGUGUGAAAUUUGCUCGGAAUCUUAUGCAUGGAAACCUAGUCUAAUUACACAUAAGCGUAGUCAUACACAAGAAAAACCAUUCAAAUGUGAUAUUUGUUUAAAAACUUUUUCACAGAAAGGUAGUUUAAAUAAACAUUUUUGUAUCCACACAGGAAAAAGAACUCAUGCAAAUGUGACAUAAAACUUUUACCAAAAGCCUUGGUGUUAAUAAAAAAUGUGUCCAUAUAAAAUUAUUUUGAAAUAACAAUGACAUAUAACCUAUAGAUUGAUGUUUGGUCUUACAUUUCAAUUUAUAAAUAAGAAAGAAGAAAUUACGAGAGUGUACUCUCAAUGUAUAACUGAGACCAGACAUCGUAAAAAAAGAAGAUAAUUAAAAAAAACGAUCAUUAAGAAAACUAUAAAAAAACAAAAAUAAAUAAAGAAGGUACUUGAGUAUUAAUAGUAAUUGAAAAAACCAAACAGAAAUAAAUGAAGAAGCUUUAGGAGUCUGUAAAACCAGAGUUACAGAAAUAAAUGAAGAAGCUUUAGGAGUCUGUAAAACCAGAGUUACAGAAAUAGAUGAAGAAAGUUAAACUAAGUACCCAGGGUAACGUUUCUACCAGCUGACUACAAUGCGACGAAUCCAUUUUAAGAAGGAUAAUAUAAAAAGAGCGCGCGAGAAAAUACGUGACGUCGCAUUACUUAAAUCUGAAAUUUAGAUGUGUUUAUAAACCAUUAUUUUAUUUAGUUACUUAGUUUUAAAAAUUUGUUUUCAAAUAAACUUUUCAUUUAACA